AUGGGCCCCAUACCCCUGUGUCUCCUGCUCCCAGUGACGGUGCUGGCUGUGGUGGAGGUGGCUGUAGCCACAGCGGCAGAGGCCGCAGUUGAUGAUGAAUAUAUCUGGCCACAGUGGAAGGUGCCCCUGGUAAGAAACAGACGCACGGUGCCCCUCAGCAGCCCCACGUUUUCAGCCCAGUCCCAGGCUGAGCCGACGGGAAUCUGCGGGAUCGAGUGCCAGCGUGGGCUUCCCGCCCCUUCCCUGGAUGACCUGGAGCAGUUCUUAUCCUACGAGACUGUUUAUGAGAACGGCUCGCGCACGCUCACCUCCGUGUCUGUGCAGGGCCUCAACGAGGUCACCGCCUGGCCCGGAAACUCCUCCUCCAUCUCCCGCCGCAAACGGGAGGUGUACGGCACUGACACUCGGUUCACCAUCUCGGAUAAGCAGUUCUCCACCAAAUACCCCUUCGCCACCUCAGUCAAGAUCUCCACGGGCUGCUCCGGGGUUCUGGUGUCCCCUAAACACGUACUGACCGCUGCCCACUGCAUUCACGACGGAAAGGAUUACCUGAGCGGGGCGCGGAAGCUGCGUGUGGGCGUCCUGAAAGAGAAGUCCAGAGGAAGGAAAGGAGGCAAAGGGAGAGGACGUGGGAAGGGCAAAAGGAGGAGGGGAGACAAAGACAAGGAGGAAAUGGAGGAAAACGAAGAGAAAGAAGAGGAAGAAGGGAAAGGAAACAGGAAAGGGAAAGGGAGAAAGAGCCGGAGCCGGCGCAGUGCCGAGCCUGAGAGGCCGUCGUUCAGGUGGACCCGGGUGAAGCAGACCCAGGUGCCGAAGGGCUGGUUCAAAGGCGUGUCUGAAGCAGUGGCUGCGGAUUAUGACUAUGCUGUUUUGGAGCUGAAGAAGGCCCAGAAGGUCAAGCACAUGGACCUGGGCGUCAUCGAUUCGGUGAAGAAGUUGCCCGCCGGGAGGAUCCACUUCUCCGGUUUUGAUGACGACCGACCAGGCAACCUGGUGUACCGCUUCUGCUCCGUGUCACAGGAGUCCAAUGACCUCCUGUACCAGUACUGUGAUGCCAAGCCCGGCUCCAGUGGCUCGGGAGUCUACAUCCGCCUCAAAGAGCCCGGCAAAAAGAAGUGGAGGAGGAAGAUCAUCGCUGUAUUUUCCGGUCACCAGUGGGUGGAUGUUAACAGGAACGGGGUGCAACAGGAUUACAACGUGGCAGUCAGGAUAACACCCCUCAAAUACGCCCAGAUCUGUUAUUGGGUCCACGGGGACUCAAGUGAGUGCCGGAUGGCCUAA